CAGAUUUUGGCUGGUGAGAAAAUACUACGAUCCUCGUGUUGUGGCGCAAGAUCCAGAGCAGAGAAUGAUGAUGACAGCACACGCCCGCUCUCCGCCCUCGCUGGUAGGAGCGGGUGCGUCCACACGCCCCUCCUCUCUAAAUUGCCGCUGUUGCCUCGCUUUCCAUCUCCCAUCACAGGAUCGCGGACAGAAUGGAGGCCCUGCUGAACGAGUGGCUGUGGCGGGAAGAGUUCUGGAUCCCUCCUGGGAAUCACUGGAAAGACAUGGAGAUGAAGGAAGGAGAGGGCCACUUCCCUCUACCCAGGCAUCUCAUCUACACCUUGCCACUAGCUCUGAUCUUUAUAGCCAUCAGAUAUAUCUUUGAGAGGGUCAUCGCCAUCCCCCUCAGCAAAGUCUUAGGUGUGAAGGAUCGGAUUUGGAUUCGAGCCGCUUCCAUCCCAAAGCUGGAAGCGUUCUAUAAACAGCACAGCCAGCAGCCAUCGCAGAGUGAAGUGGUGGGCCUGGGGAAGCAGUGUGGACUCUCGCAGAGAAAGAUCCAGACCUGGUUUAGACACAGAAGGAACCAGGACAGACCCAGCAGCACCAAAAAGUUCUGCGAGGCCUCCUGGCGCUUUUUCUUCUACCUCACGUCGUUCACAGCAGGGCUCGGCUCUUUAAUUGAUACGCCGUGGUUCUGGGAUCAGAGCGAGUGCUGGAGGGGUUAUCCCAAACAGCCUGUGUCUGAGGCUCAUUACUGGUAUUACAUGUUGGAGAUGAGCUUCUAUUUGUCGCUGCUUCUGAGCAUCUCUGUGGAUGUGAAGCGAAAAGAUUUCAAGGAGCAGGUGGUUCAUCAUAUUGCCACCAUAAUUCUCAUCGGUUUCUCCUACAUUGCCAACUAUGUGAGGGUGGGCACUUUGGUGAUGCUGGUCCACGACUCUGCCGACAUUAUUCUCGAGGUGGGUAAGAUGCUACACUACGCCUUGUGGGCGAAGACAUGCGACGUCCUGUUUGUCCUCUUUGCUCUGGUGUUCCUCGUCACGAGGCUGUAUGUCUUUCCAAGCAGGAUCAUCCACACCACCCUGAUCGUUUCAAUGCAGUUCUACGAGCCUUUCUUUGGUUAUUAUUUCUUCAACGCUCUUCUGUUCGUGCUACAAUUGCUGCACAUCUACUGGGCCUAUCUCAUCCUGCGCAUGGUCUACAGGUUUGCCUUUAUGGGCAAGAUCGAGGGUGACGUGCGCAGCGACGAGGAAAGUCCGGUAGAUGACAAUGAAGAAGAAGAGGAAGACGGGGGUGAGUGCAGCUGGGAGCAGAGGAAGGAUGCGAUUAACUCCAGACUGGCAUCGCUGGCUAACAACUGCGUCCUGAACAACCUGACCAACCAGACAAAUAGAAACAGCAGACUACCCAAAACCAGAUAGUGGCUUCACAUCGAGUCCACGGCUUCGCUUCCACUUCCAUGUCUCCAACAUGGUCCGUUGAUGAUUUCAGGUCAGGGUAGGUUUGCCUCUGAGCAAAGAAGCACAGAUGAUUGUUGAUCCACCGAAUGUGACACCACUCAUAACACUAAUAUCAAAACAAUAACACGUAUGAUGAGAGCGCGUGAUCACUGCGAUGCCGUUUCUGGUCCCUGUAGUAUAAGAACUUGAAAAUAUUCAGGACAGCGUUUUAGUUCAUCUUUGCUUUUUUUUGAGUGAGAGCUUAAAAAAAAUAUUGUUUGUAUUAAAACAUAUUAAUUCUUGUGUAUAAUAUGGUGUAAUCUAUUUUAAAUGGAACAAACUACUCUGACUGAUUUAUGUCCACAUGGCUGCUCAUGCACACAGUUCUGAUUGUAGUAAAUCUGUUGAUAAAUCACUUUAUUGGCUGUUUUUAUUCAUUAUUCACUGUAAUCUGUAUUUGAAUCCCUCGUAUGAUUGAAGAAGUUGUAUUUUUCUGCGACAGAUUUAGACUUUUUAGGAGAACUAUGGCGCCCCCUGGUGCACAAAGAAGACGCUGCCCUUUCUGAUGCCUUUACAAAAAGUAUUUCUUCUACAAACACGGACGUGAACCGUGUGCGUGUCUGUGCAUCGUGUCUUUUUCUCACGGGCAGCAUGAUUUCCUACUCGGGUCUUUUGUUUUGUGCCUUGGCUGCUGUGUUUUGAACACUAAGAUAUGAAGUCUAUGUGCUACUAGGGUUCCCCUUUUUGGAACAACACACUGAAAAGGCCUUAUUGUAACGUGUGUUACGUGUUUUUGUGUUGUCAUUUCUACCUGAUUCACACAGAUGGGCAUUAUUGAGCUAUUUUAGACAGUGGCGUUAAAUGCAUCGAUGCAAUGCUCCUGGGUAAAAAUGAAUGUAGAGAUAUUAGGAGCUGUAUAUUUUAAUAUUUACCAAAUUGUGUUCUGAUGCUUGCUAGUGUGAUUUUACAUGUGUCUUCCCGCCGUGCUGCUGCAGGUGAACAUGCUAAUCCAGUCAUCAUUUAUGUAACGAUGGCUGUGAUAGGGCUAGAAACAGGGCGUGUCUGUGCAGGGGUGUGAUGUCACUGACGCCCACCGCACAGCAGGGGGUUUAAAGUGAAAUGCUGGAGCGCUAAACGGCCGACGCAGUGAAUGAGACUCACCUGGAUGUUGUUUUUAAGAAGAUAUAAAAGCAGGAGACACUUUAUGUCCUCAUGAAACCUGCAUUUGACUUUUAUUAUGAGUGUUGAUUUGUGACAACUCGAACAGUUUAAAUAAAUGACUUCUGAAUAAAACCUGUACAAA